CGUCGCCGUCGUCCUCUUCUCGGUGGUUUCGUGUUUAUUGGCGCGCGAGCGCACACACACACACACACACCCAAGGGUGAAGGGUGGUGAGCAGUGGUACGGCUCACUUCAUCUCACUGUGCUCAUCUCGCUCAGUCCAUCAGUCACGGUGUUUGUGUCGUCGUCACGCACACCAGCACAACCGGGGCAACAACCAACGACGACGACGACGACGACGAAGACGACGACGUCGGACGAGCAGCACGAGAAAGCGAUUCGUUGGUUGGGUCGUUCCGACGCGUUUAGUCAUUUAUUAUCAUCAUAGCCAGCACACACCACACCACUAGAGCGCGCACACAGGCAGCAAGCUCGCCGAGCGGAGAAAAGCAGCAGCAGCAGCAGCAGCGUCGUCGUGCGUACGAGAAAUAUACACCUUUUUUGUUGUUGUUGUUGUUCCGUUUGUCGCUCGCGCACCAUACGUCCCCAUCUGUCCACCGUUCGUGUGUGAGGCCAACGGUUGUUCCGAGGGGCCCUUUUGUUUCGGGGGCACUUAUUCUUCGACGGGCCACAAAAAGCGGGCCGCGUCGAACGUCGUAACCGAAUCGUGUGUGCGCGCGGGCCAGCAAACCCACGACACGGCGGUGGCCAACAGUUUCGCGCGAACCCGAACUCCCAAAGUCCGAGGACGACGCCGAGGGCGAACCCUAUAGAGAGCGCGUGUCGGUGUGUUUGGCCGACUGACCGGAAAAUAUAUGGCCGCCGUCGCCAGGCUAUGGAAAUUAAUAUCCUCUAAUCGGGCGACAUAAAAACAAAACACAUCUCGCGCGAAGCACCACCAUCAGCAGCAUCAGCAGCAACGGCAGCCCAACUAAACUAGCGCCCGCCAAUAACAAUAACAACGGAACGCGUAAAGUAUAAACGCCGGGUGUGUCUGUGUGUAUACGGUGGUGUAACGAUCUUAUUAAUUUCGCGGUCGAUUGGGAUACUUUUCCGUUGCAUCUGUCCCGGUUCCUGUGUGUGUGCGUGUGUUUGGUUACGGCCGUCUAAUAUUAUCCUUUCCGGAAGGGGGCUUUUUCCCACCCCGAAUCUGGAUUAGUCGCGCGAUCGGUGCAGCAGUUUCUUUUCGGUUUUCGGUUUGUUUAUCGGGCUCUUGUACACGAUUGGGUUUUUUGUUUUCAUACUGUGCCGGGUAUGAAAUUACCAUUUCGCGUGUUAUCAACCACGGUACAGCGCGUGUGAAAAUUGGGAGAAAGUGGUCGCGUGUGUGUGUGUGUCUGUGUUCGCGCGGGAGGAUUUACAUCGCGUGUAGAUCCCGUUCAAUAGUAACAAGUGCGUACUACAAUUUGAUUGUUAAAACGAGAGUGUGUUUUUUGCUUUGCUCUAGUGUAUUUUUCAUAUUUUUGUUUUAGUUUUCGAUUGCGUUUUUAAAUCCGGGAAAGUUGAAGAAAAAAAAACCCGCCGUUUCGCGUUUCAUCAGUGUUGUGUCUGGUGUUAGUGGUCAUAGAAAAACCGUCGCACAUCCGAAUUUAUACAACAGAGAGAAGAAAAAAAAAACAACAACGAAACGAAACCGUGUGACAUUCGUGCGACAGUUUUACGCGAGAUACGCAGCAGCAGCAGCAGCAGCAUCCGACCGAUUAACCGACGGUAAACGGAGCCAAAAGCGCAACCAGCAGCAGAAGAGGAUGUGAUCGGUUUUCGCGUGUGCACGGAACAGCAACAGGCGAACGUGUCCGGGCUUGAAGCGGAUACAUGUAUCUCACGUUUCCUACAACAGUAUACGGCAUUUUUGCAACCACCAAACCACCAAAAAGAAAAUAAUAUUCACCAUUACACACCCAUGCUGGAACUAGCACGAGAGUAGCGCAAGACGAGCAAAACUACUUUUACUACCACUAUCGGCCACUACCUACGGCUACUGCAGCUACUACUCUGCUACUAAAUAUUUGCAACGCAGUGAUAUCGUGAGUCGGUGAGGCGAAGUCUCGAUGCUUAAGGAGACGCAGCACGCAACAGAGACCCAAUACAGAAGGUAUACGAAAUUUUUGUAACACAAAGCAGGAGAGACCCACGGAGUGUCUAGAACAAACCAACCAAGGUAUACACAUACACACCGGAAGAAAAGCGUAGCUUUAUUUUUAAGCCCACAAAAGUUUACCAAAAAAAAACACCCCCCCCCCCACAACUAACACGAUCACAACCGUGGAUUCUGGCAGAAAAAACGGGGCUCUCGAUCAGUGAUGCCGAUCAUCGUUCGGUGAGAGUGUGGUAACCCGAUCGAGCGACCCUGCCGUCGCAACGUAUACGCAAGGAAAAACAGAAAAACAGGGGAGAGUUCACCAGUAAGAUGGCCGGUCUGAUGUGAAAGUAUACGAAACUGAUGAUAGAUUUAGAUGUGCGGUAGAAAGUACCUUAUCCUUGCAGGCGCAUCACAGCAAGAGAAGGAAGUAAAACACACACUCACAAAACCCCACACCGAAGCGGGCUAGAGGCAAGAGGAGAAAGAGAAAAACAAGAGUUAUAUAUACAAAUUAUACAUCUAUACCCUUUAUAUAUACACCCGUCGCAAAGCAAAGCAAACAGAACGUACGGCCGCAGCUUUAUUUGCUCCAGAAUUCAUAACUCUCUUGCGGGAAACGUGUUGAAAGUUUUGUUCACCGAUAAAAAAACACGUACGAAGGCGCUGCACGAGAAAGAUUGAGAUUGAGCGAAGGGUCCUGUGAUACCACCACACACCCCGGAAGGUGUUUCGCUGGACGGGUCCUAGGUGUACGCUAUCAGCACGCCAGAUGAUCGUGGCCGGACGCAUCUGCAUCCGAUCGGCACAGCACAUCGAAUCGGUCGCGUAAUGCAUUCGUCCGGUGGUGAUAUUGGGCGGUGAGAAGCAGGAGUUUUCCAGGGCGGGCGAAAGAAGAUUCCGACGGCGUAGCCAUCAGCCAACACCGACAAAAGUGUGAUCCUCGCAGUUCGAUCCUCGCAAAGUGUUUCGUUGACAAAGCGCCGCAUCAUGCAUGGUGUCAGCCGUAUAUAGUAUAGUGGUGCGUGUGUGUCUAAUCGGUGCGUCGACGCCCCCCCACCCCACCCCCUCCACACCGGGUGCUGCAGGUGAAAAGAACCUGCCAAACACCCCACUCCCCUUGCAUAUGUGUAUCUGAAAGUGUCUGAAAGUGUAUGAAGAAAGUGGUGCAUGCGUGAGAGAAAGAAGGUGACGCGUGUGUAUACGAAAGAUAAGAGGAUCUUCUGAAGUUCGAAAGAAGCCAAGUUAUCCAAGUUCUAGCAGGCUUUCACGCGUGUGGUGCUCUCGAAAGAAAACCAGCGAACAAAGUCCGGCUAGCUAGGCGCAAACGACUGCUAGCCACGGCGCACAACAUUCCGGCAACAACAACGACUACUUCAACGAUCUACACACAUGGCACAGCCUAGGUACGAAGAUGGCCUGCACGGCUACGGGAUGGACGCGAGUGCCGCCGGAAUGUAUGACCCACAUGCCGGCCACAGACCUCCGGCGCUGUCCGGCCUACCACCACACCACUCCCCGCACCUGAACCAUGCGGCCGCCGCUGCCUCGGUCGGCAUGCACGGCUAUCACGGCACCUCUAGUCAUGUUUCACCGGCCUCCAGUCACAUGGGCGCAGUGCAGCCCGACAUACACAAGCGAGAUAAAGAAGCUAUCUACGGACACCCGCUAUUCCCGCUGUUGGCACUAAUCUUCGAAAAGUGUGAACUAGCAACCUGCACCCCUCGAGAACCGGGCGUGGCCGGUGGUGACGUUUGUUCGUCAGACUCCUUUAGCGAAGAUGUGGCUGUAUUCAGCAAACAGAUUCGGCAAGAAAAACCCUACUACGUAGCAGAUCCCGAAGUGGACUCACUUAUGGUGCAAGCAAUUCAAGUUCUAAGGUUUCAUCUUUUAGAACUCGAAAAAGUGCAUGAACUGUGUGAUAAUUUUUGCCAUCGAUAUAUAUCGUGUUUAAAGGGUAAAAUGCCAAUAGAUUUAGUGAUUGACGAACGGGACACCACCAAACCACCAGAAUUAGGCGGUGCCAAUGGCGAGGGUAGAAGUAAUGCAGAUUCAACAUCGCAUACUGAUGGAGCUAGCACACCAGACGUUCGGCCACCAAGUUCAUCGAUAUCAUACACCGGGCAGCUGAACGACGAUGUGCGGUCACCUGGUUCCGGAAGCACCCCCGGACCCCUGUCGGCGCAACCUCCUACCGGAAUGGACCCCGCGGAUGCUGAUGGUCGAUGGUGUUCGAGGCGAGAAUGGUCAUCGCCAUCCGACGCCCGAGUCGAUCAGUCCCGGCGUGUCCUGUACUCUUCAGUCUUCCUCGGCAGCCCAGGUGAUGCCAGCAAUACGAGCAUCGGCAGUGGCGAGGGUACCGGCGAGGAGGAUGACGAUACGAGCGGCAAGAAAAACCAAAAGAAGCGGGGGAUCUUCCCGAAGGUGGCCACGAACAUUCUGCGGGCGUGGCUGUUCCAGCACCUAACGCAUCCCUACCCAUCGGAGGACCAGAAAAAGCAGCUAGCACAAGACACGGGGCUGACGAUAUUGCAAGUUAAUAACUGGUUUAUCAACGCGAGGCGCAGAAUAGUGCAACCCAUGAUAGAUCAGUCCAACCGAGCAGUAUAUUCUCCGAUUUCAGUGUACACACACCCGGGCCCGUCGGCCGGCUAUCCGGACGCGAUGAGCUACAUGAUGGACGGACAGGCACAAAUGAUGCACCGAGCACCGGGCGAUCCAGCGUUCCACCAGGGCUACCACUAUCCACCGGCCGAGUACUAUCCGCACCAUCUGUAAGAUGAGAGCCGGUAGCGGGCUUUCCCUAUCGGGGACGAACCUUACGAUCAUCCCGACGGGGGCGCCAUAAUGGUGGCGCCAGUUCACCAACCAACCAACCACCACACCCCGAGACAGCCUUUAAGCCAGCAACAAGCUCAACGCAACGGUCGAAAGAUUCAUACUCGAUCGGACCGUACAGGAUGUGCAUAUGCAAAGGCUAAAACGAUGCAUUUAUGGCAUACCCUUAAGGAAUAGGAACUUCCUUCAAAAACACAAUCAUACCCACCCACCCAAACUAUCACACACAUGAACUCGAACAAAAAGCACAUCUCGAACGCCCACCGCGCCAACGGGUAUGUUGGGAAGCAUAGAUGGAUCUACAGUGAAAGGGGAACCAGUAGUAAGUGUGGUGUUGGAUCGUGACGUGCAGUAGUUGACGUUGACCAGCAUCAACAUCAACGCAAAACGUGGCCAUUUGAAGUAACCAAAAAAAAGAGAAAGCGUUUAAAGAAAAAAAAAAACUAGCCGAGAGGAACAAAAUGCGUACACCUGCGCGUAUACAGCACACCACGGUGCAGCUUGAGACGAACCCAAGUCCUAAGACGCGCAGGACGGAUCAAGUACAUUGGACAAAACUGUGGCCAGUGGCAGCAACACACCAUGUGUGUACGAUCUCAUUUCGCUGGGAUGGACAGGAAGAAGCAAAGGAACACGAUGACGUGACGUGAAGGGACAUCGGCAGCAGCGUGCACCUUAGAGAUAGUUAUCGCUACAUCUGCGAAACAAGGUAUCUUUAAGCUCAUCUCAAAAAUCAUCAUCAUCAUCAUCGGCAGCGCAUCAUCUUUGACUCGUGUACUCAAAGUGCCAACAGUUUGCUUGUUCCGUUUCCGUCAUCAAAUUCACGCCAAGUUCCCGGAGAACAGGACUUCCACCUGUGUCCUGCUGUGUCCGGCAACCCCCGUAGUCGAAACUGUUACACGAUGUAAGUGCUGCUGCUGCUACUACUACUACCUACCACUUGCUUACCGUGUGCUGUUGUUGCUUACGUGAAAGAAAAGCGAUAUUUAAUUUGUACUACCAUUAGACGAAAUUGUGUUAGCAUUAUUGUAAACAACUCAGUGCGCGCAAGAAGUGAAAGUGACUGCAGGGGAUUAACAGCGGUUAAGUAAAGUAGAAACAUACACAAAACGGCAGAACAAAACAACGCAUGUGAUUGAAAAGUGUAAGCGAGAUACGGACUAUCGGUGUUAAACGAAAAAGGGGUUAGGUAAUAAUAUAUUACGAGCACGUAACAGAGAAGAAAACACUCAACAACAAGGUAGAGAAGAAAGAAGCACUUUAACAUACAAAACAAUGUGAAUAUCAAACAGGAUAAACAGGAGAGAACGGCGUACGGGAAUGUAUUUAGAAGUCUCCUAGUGUCGGGACAAAGCAACCGAACGUGUGUAAAUAGCAAUCCUACGCCUAAUGUUGGCAUCUAGCAAUUAAUUAACCACACAACACACAUGAUAAGAACGCAACACACACACCACUGACAGAGGACACAUUUUUCAACGGAAACUUGGAUGUUACCAAAUCGUGAGGACACACCACAUUUGCUAGUGUUGUGUAGUGGGGUUUGCAUUAAGUGCUUACUACAAAUUGCAAACGAGCGAUCACUCUUCACCUACACCAUCUCUUACAUACGCUCUAUCGUGUUCCCAACUUCCUGCGGCAGAAGGAUCGUGAGUAUCUCACGCACACCGUCGUGACGCUUUGAUGGAAGCGAUUUAGAAGGAACAUUAAAAAGAUGGCCGAUCUUCAUGGCCAUUUGCUUUCUGCCGUAUCAAAAUUGCACAUCAAAGCUAGUUAAAGGCAAGAACAAAACACUAAAUGAGGAAAUGUUUUCUAGCUUAAAAUUGUUUUGCUUUUUUUGCGGAAAUACAAACAAAAAAGCAAUAAACAAGACGAUGUCGCUAGGUAAAUUGUUUUUUGAUUCUUCGCACACGAACCUCAUUUCGGGAAGCAGGGAAAGCACUGGUUGCAUGAAGUAUGGUGUGAAAAUUAAUUAUGUUAUUCAUCACACACAGACACCACAGACAGACAACAGUUGAAAACACUAACAGUAAAAGCCGGACGGGGAAAAAAUGGCCGGUCGUGUACAUUAGGCAAGGAUCAGAAGAUCGGGUUGUACACUAACAACCAAGAGUGGGAGAGACAUCAACGAAUUUAAUUAUCGAUAAAAAAAAACACAACAUGUACACAUAAAAUCACACAUUAGAACACACUCACACAUCAUGUAAAACGCGAGACACGAGAUUAUGAAUGGUAUCCUUUCGUUAACGUUUAGAUGGAUAAGGAAAAGAUCAGUGUGUAAGUGAAAGAGAGAAAGAGAAAAGAAGUGUAUGUAAGUACGAUUUAUAUUAAAUUCAAGCAACGCGCGAUGCGGAACAAUCGAAGCAAGAUGAAGGUGGAAAAGAGGAUUGUGUGUUAACAAAAGAAAACUCACACACACACUCAAAAACACCACAAAGAAGAAUGCACAAGAAUGGUAAAAAGAGGGAGAACGAAAAGGGAAAACCGGCCAAGGAAUGGGGCUGGAUGAAAUAUGUACAAGUGAACAAACAAGUUGUCAUGUUAGUAGUUAUGUUUUUUGCAUUAGUUUCACAUGUUUCAUCCAUUCAAACACACACACAAACACAAGCAAUUCUUUUGUUUUUACAAUCCUCUUGUGCAAGCUCAAACAGCAUUUAGUUAAAUAGCGAAGCUUUCAAAUCUCACACAAAAACACAUUUGAUUGUUUGUACCACACACAAAAUGGCCGUGGUGGUAGUACACAAUUAGCAAAUGGCGCCCUCGUUUAAAAAAACGCGAAGGAAAACCAGUGGAAACAGGAGAUUGUAAUAGAGAAUAGAAUAGAACCAGUAAUAAUACCAACACACACUAGACGAUACAAGUGCACACACCAAGCUGCAAAAUGGCGGUGGGUUUCGUAACCCCAACUCUCGCCACAGGCCACCACCAAUCUUUUUCUUCUUCAUCUCGCGCAUCCCGCAUUUUAGAGUAUAGGGUUUUUUUUAGCAUGUAAAAAUAAGAAAGGAAAAAGCUGCUGCUGCUACUGUUUUUUUGUUUGUGUAAUGUUUGUAAUGUGUAAUAAUUGCUUAAGGCCAACCAAACACACCACAGGCAAAGUUUUAGUUUGUAGCAAUUUAUUAUUAUUAUUAUUAUGAAAAUUAUUAUUAUUAAUAUUAUUGCUAACUGCUAGCGGUAAAUACUUCUUGUUAGUUUCAAUUUGUCGUUAGUUUCCCACAUUUUCCGGAUUAGAUUGUUUUUCGCUUCUUCUUCUGUUUUCGUCAACUGUUUAAUCAUUUCUUUAUCCUAAGCCCGUCAGCUCACUCGACACAACCUGCUAUCUUUUCCUGUACUUCGGUUAUAAAUCCAAUGUUUCGGUGGAUGUGUUAUGUGUGAAAUCGAAUGUACUAUGUACAAUAGAGUGUUCCCAGUUUUCUAACAAACUUCAAGCUGUUCACAGAAAGUGUCGUUAAAGUGCAAAAUAGUACUUCAACUUCCAGCGCAGUUACAGCAGCGAAUUAAUACAACGAUAUAAAAACGCUCGAACACACCCUUCACACAAUCAACCACACAAAAUCAUUUGCUUCAGACUGUGUAAAAAAAUCAAGUUUUGUGCUGUAAAUAUAGUAACCGGAAAAUGGUGGGAAAACUUGAGCGGAAAAUAGUGAAAAAGAAAACACUGAGUGCGUGUACAAACCGCAAAACGGAGAAGUUGCAAAAACGAAUCGUAGCAAAAAAAAUAAAAUGCGUGUAGAUGAUGCAGGGUUAAGCGAAAACAAAUACGCUAGUAAGUAAAUGAUUAUGCCGAAGAAGAAGAAAAAGAGAUGAUCCGAAGAAGAAGAAAAACCAUACAUAAGAAGGAAACAGGAAGCGUUAGCAAAAGAAAGCUAUAUCGAACACAAAAUCGCUGAAAUAAAAAAGAAAACCUUUCAACAUUA